UAGGUCACUCCUACUAUUUAAGCAACUCAAAUUGAUAUUAUUGAAUCAGUGUGAAAAGCAUUUCUCAGUUUAAAGUCCAUUAUAAAACAUUAAAAACUGAAAAGGGCUUUCACUCUAAGAUGGCUUCAAAAAUUAAUUGGAUACGUCUAAUAAUUGGAGCUUUUCUCAUUUCACGAAAAAUCUUUACUGCUGGUGGAAACUCAAUGAAUGGCGACAUGGCAGCGCAUUCCUCCCAACGAACGACUAGAUCAGAUGGGGCGGACUGGAAUAAUUAUCGGGUGGCGUUCCCACAACGCCAUCGCGAAAUAAGGCCGUUACGACGUGAUAGGAUUUGGGACAACUUAGGACAUGAAUUCAGGGCUGAGGAUGCUGUGGAAUCAGUACAUCAUAACAAGAGAGAGGCAGCUCCUCCAACUCCCACUGAGAGGAGGAUGAUUGAAGAUCUUUUGAGAGAACUCCAAGCAGACAAAGAACAACCUAAAAACUUUCAUCAUUGCACACCUUGUUUCAAUUGCUAUUUCAAUUGUUUGUGCACAUACUCUGAAUUAUCGUAAUAUGGAGGAAUCUUCUUUAACUUCAAUAAGAUUGUCUGAGCCAACAUUCCAAUUCGUGAAUCCAGAAAUUGAUAUCGAAACAGUAAAAGCAUUAAUCAAAGUACUGCUGACCGAACCAUCACUUGAUAACAAGGAAAGUCCAAAUAUUGAAAUUAAAUCACACGUUACAUUAUCGGAAAUAGAUCGGCAAGAAAUUAAUGAAUUAAUUAAGAAUAUUUUGGAAGAACUAAUAGACAAUGUUAAGAAUAUUACCAAAAAUUAAACUGAACCAGAGAGGAUAGUAGUCCUGAGUGAGAUGAUCGGUCCAAUUUUGACUAACAUGGGGCGAAGAAUAGCCAGAAGUCAGCAGGAGACCAGAAUGCACAAGACGAAAUUUCCGUUAUGUUCGGAACAGACACAAGAAAAAUUAAAUAAAUAACAGAUAAAUA